UCUCCACCUUAACAGAGAAGCUGCACUAUGAGGCAAUGUUGCGCAAUCGGCGCAUGCCACGGGACAUUUUCCUCCGCGUCAGCACAACUGAGGCGACGAGUCGGGGAGCCGAUGAGGGAGACUGCUGCGGGGAAACACAACACUUCACAAUCCUACAUAAAAAGCAUCUGAGUGUACCUCUCGGAUGUACCGACUUAUCUGUGGCCGAGCUCGCUGAGGUCUUUUAUGGAGUUCGUAACAACAUGACAGAGUUUUGGAAAGAGCACUCCAAAGACGCCACGAUGGAGGAGAUGAUGCUAGACUCCCGUGCCAGGGAACUCACUCAGCAGGAGCUGCCGGAGAUCCUCUCCAUGCUGCCCAGCCUGGCUGGAUACAGAGUGCUGGAGUUGGGAGCCGGCAUUGGUCGUUACACCAGCCACCUGCUGACCAAGGCCACCCAUGUGACGGCUGUGGACUUCAUGGAAAGCUUUGUGGAGAGAAACAGGCAGGACAAUGGUCACCACGGCAACGCCACCUUUAUCCAAGCUGACGUCACAAAACUGGAAGUCCCCAAAAACAGCAUUGACUUUAUCUUCUCCAACUGGCUGCUGAUGUACCUGAGUGACGUGGAGCUAAACUCGUUACUAGAGAAAAUGCUGAGCUGGUUGCGGCCUGGUGGCUUUCUUUUCUUCAGAGAGUCCUGUAACCACCGGUCAGGUGACUGUAAGAGGGACUUCAACCCCACCUGCUACCGCACUGAGGCACAAUACAACCACCUGAUAUCAACAGUGCAAAUGGAGGAUACAGAUGGGGGCCAAAAGUUUGGUUUUGACGUUGUGCUGAAAAGGAAAGUCCAGACCUACAUUGAGAUGAAAAAUAAUCCUAAUCAGAUCUGUUGGCUGCUGGAGAAGGUCCCUCGCUCUUCGGACAUCCAGAAUGGAUUCAACACUUUCCAACAGUUCCUGGAUAACAAACAGUACACUAACCGUGGCAUCCUGCGCUACGAGAAGAUGUUUGGGGCUGGUUAUGUCAGCACAGGCGGGCCUAGCACCACCAAGGAGUUUGUGGACCUUCUGAACCUGAAACCUGGUCAGAAGGUUCUGGAUGUUGGCUGUGGCAUCGGUGGAGGAGACUUCUACAUGGCAAAGUCUUUUGGAGUAGAAGUGCUUGGCUUGGACCUGUCAGAAAACAUGGUGGACAUCGCCAUGGAGAGGGCGAUCACUGAGAAGCUGCCAUCAGUCCAGUUUGAGGUGGCUGAUGCCACUAAGAGGACGUUCCCAGAAGGUUCCUUUGAUGUGAUCUACAGCAGAGACACAAUCCUGCACAUAGCUGACAAACUCGCCCUCUUCAAACGCUUCCAUUCAUGGUUAAAACCAGGAGGCCAGCUUCUUAUCAGUGACUACUGCUGUGGGGAGAAGCCCUGGACACCACAGUUCGAGGCCUACGUCGAACAGAGAGGCUACAUCCUCUACACACCAUCACAGUAUGGGAAGUUCAUUCAGGAAGCUGGUUUCUGCAAUGUUAGAGCAGAAGACCGGACAGCCCAGUUCAUCCAGGUGAUCAAGACAGAGCUGCAGAGAGCAGAAGCCAUCAAGGGUGAAUUCAUUGAGGAAUUCUCUGAAGAGGACUAUUUUGCAAUAGUAAACGGAUGGAGAGAAAAACUGGAACGUUCCAACAGUGGAGACCAGCGAUGGGGGCUAUUUCAUGCAACAAGGGUUUGAGUGAUUGUACUAAGAAUGUAGUGAAGUCAAUAAAAGAGGAAAAAAAGCCUGGAACUUCCCUUUUCUUA